CUCCAAUGCUAAAGGAACCCCAACCAUUUAAGAGUUUUUCCUCGAUGUAAACAAACUUAUUCACUCUAAAUUUAGUCUCAAGUAAUCCCAACCAAUCAAUAUCAUAUUUAUUAACGAGUCUCUUGACCUGAGUUUUCUUUAGGGGACUAUUAAGCCCUUAAUAUUCCAACUCCCUAUCAUGUGAGAAAUGGAUAGCGCCCAUCAUACUGAGCAUUCUCCAAAACCUUCAUAAACGAACCCAAUGCAGCACCUUCAUCCACCUUAACAAUCUUCUUCUUAGCUGCUUUUUUACCAGCCACCUCGAUAAACCUCUCCUCUUGCCCAUCAAAUUUAGUAGCUUUGUUAUCAUUUUUCAUGCAGGUCUCCUCCAUAUGCCCCAAUUUCCUGCAAUGGGAACAUGUGCAAGGGAACUAUUCAUAAGUAACAUGUUGUGCCAACAACGGUGGUGCCACUUGGGAUGAAUUCUUGUUGGCCGUUCAAUAACGCUUUGAUCCGGAUUAUUAUGAAAACUACAUUGGGGUGCUCUCUAAACUCACGCAAACCUCCUCGGUCAUGGACUACCAAGCGGCUUUUGAGUCCGUUCUCAACAAAGUGGCAGGUGUUCCAGAGGCAACCCUAAUUGCCAUGUUUGUUGCCGGCCUCCAACAGCCCAUCCGUCGUGAGGUUAAUCUUCGUAGCCCUGACACUCUUCCCUCUGCUUUCGCAUUGGCGCGUGAAUUGUCCGCCUGUCACCAGGAUGCCGCGGUUACUUUUGGCACGGCCACACGUCGCCACUGGUCGUCGCGUCCCCCUCCUAAUCCUUCUGCUGGUCUUUUGCCGACGCCCACAGCCGCUCCAAAGCCGCUAGUCACGACUGCCCGUGCACCGGACAGGCCUCCACCGAACCCUUUGCCCGUGGUUCGUCUCUCUCCGGCAGAAAAGGCGGAGUGUACUAAGAAAGGCCUAUGUUGGUAUUGCGAUGAGAAAUGGGUUCCCAGGCACAACUGCAAACAUCGUUUCCUUGUUCUCAUGGGUCCCGACGAGGGCGACGAGGAACCCACUGUACUGGACAUCGCCGACGACGUAGACACCCCUGCCAUCAUCACUGGGGACGUCUCUAGUGUUCUAUCCCUUGCCGGCAUCUCGAGUCCCCGAUCAUUAAAAUUGGCCGGGAAGGUGAACGACGUGCCCGUACAGGUUUUGUUAGACAGUGGUAGCACGCAUAACUUCAUCCACCCAAGUGUGGCUGAGAAGUUAUCCUUGGUGCUUUACCCCGUGACCCCCUUUUGGGUCUAUGUUGGCAACGACGAUUCAAUGAAGUGUUCUUACUCCUACCCGCGCACACCGCUCUUCCUUCAGGAUCAUCCCUUUACUAUCGAUCUCUACCUCCUCAAUAUUCAUGGGCCCGACAUUGUACUUGGGGUCCAAUGGCUUCAAACUCUUGGUCGUGCGGCGCAUGAUUAUACCAAGAUGACAAUGGAAUUUGAAUGGGAGGGAAGGCCUAUUACGUUGCACGGUGAUUCGGAAGGCCUUAAAUCUCUUUCUUACAAUCAGUUAUGCUCCUUAAUGGGUCGCACACAGGAUGUCCAUCUCUAUGAAUUGAUUCCGUCUCCGCCCACGCCGGAUGCGUCUUCCACUGUCGGCCCUAGCUUUCCCGAAGACCUGCCAGGCCCUAUCCAGGCAAAUCUCUUAACCAUUCAGACAUCUGAACCAUUAAGAGGCUGAAACAAACAGUCUGAAUCAUUAAGUGCUGAAUCAUUCAGACAUCUGAACCAUUAAGAGGCUGAAACAAACAGCCCCUUAAUCACCCCGGCCAUUAAAAGAACUAUUCAAUUCGAAAUGCAAAAUGAAAACAUUAUUACUAAAUAAGACAUGGCAAAAUUCACAAGAACACUCCCAGAAAUUAUAGGUUUUACAUAAAUACUUCCAAAUUUG